AUGGCCCGCAGAGUCCAACGGUCCCUAAUCCAAUUUAUCUUCUUCUGCGCCAUCCUCUUCACGAUCCUCUUCCUAAAUAGUCCCACGAGCAUUCCUCCCACCUUCGCCUGGGCAAAAAUUCGCUACCAAACGACCGCGCAUACUCUCCCCCAAGUCCGCGGCAAAUGCCCAAACCUCUUGACUACCAAGAAACCCGCCUUAGUCGUCUCUCACGUCGACGCAGAUGGUGAUACAUCGUGGCUCUCUUCUCUUGCGGACCGCUACCACCUCUGCAUAUACGAUGUCGAUGCCUCGCCCGAUAAACCCUCGGAGUAUCUCCAGGUCCCCGCGAACCGCGGCCACGAGGCUAUGGCAUAUCUCACAUUCCUGAUCGACAAUUACGCGGAGAUCCCGGCCGCGGGUGCGGUAUUUGUGCACGGUUCGCGGUGGGCUUGGCAUAACGAUGCGCCGGACUAUGAUAAUAAGGCUUUACUGGAGGUGUUGGAUGUCAAGGGUGCGCUGCAGGUGUCAGGAUAUCACAAUCUGCGUUGUGAUUGGAGUACCAGCACGUGUUUACCUUCUGCUCCGUCGCAGGGUAGUCUCGAGAUGAGGCUGCAGUCUGCAGUAGCGCCGUGGAGUGCGCGCGCCGCUUCAGAUGUUGCACUACCACGGGCAUUGGCGGCGAUAUUUGGUGGAGAUGGGUCUUCGUUAAAGGGCAGGUUACAUCUUGGGCGGACGGAUGCGGUGCGCUCGCAGUGUUGUGCGCAGUUUGUUGUUUCGCGCGGGCGAAUCUGGCAGCAUACGAGGGAGGAGUAUGUUGCGUUGAGGCAGUGGUUGUUGGAUGGGGGCGUUGAUGGAGACGGGAGACCUGCGUCUCGGGGUGAUCAGGCUGCGCCGCACGAUGAUCGUGUCGCUGGUCGAGUUUUGUCGUAUCUGUGGCAUAUUUUGUUUGCCGAGGUGGAUGCUGAUGGCGCGGUAGAUCUUGCGCAGUUGAAUAAGGAUGCUUGUCCGAGUGCGCAGGAUUGUUAUUGUCGUUUAUAUGGACGAUGUGGACUGCAGUGUCAGAAUCCUGGGACUUGUCGGGGACAGUACCAGGUUCCACAGUAUUAUAAGCUUCCUGAUGAUUGGGAGGCUACGCAUUCAUGA